GACGGAUGACAUUUCGAUACGGUUGGUGUGUAAACUUUGCUGCAGUGGAAUGUGUAAAUUUUUCCGUGGUAUUUAGGUGUUUUCCUAUUUUCCUUCGCAGAAAAAGUUUGCAACCCACUAGCGACUACUUCCGUUUUCGGUUUUCCAUCGCGCGAAACGGCAACAGCGUUGGGUAGUGUGUAAAUUCGUUCCUAAAACCAUGGUUCUGACGCGUGUAUUUCGUGCCGUCGGUCGUUCGACCUUGCUCGAGGCGGGUGCAUCUAGCGUAGGCCAACACGGACAGCAGCUGGUUCGAUUGCCGCUGCGUCGCAAGUAUACUUAUCGCAGCGGUGCACUGAAACCGAUGCCCGAAAUCACACCGUUCGGACUGUUCGGCAUUAUCUGCACGGUCAUACCUGGCCUACUGAUUGGGGCUACCAUCAGCAAGAACAUGGCCAACUUUCUUGAGGAGAACGAUCUGUUUGUGCCGUCGGAUGAUGAUGAUGAUGACGAUUAAAAAAGCUGUCCGUGCAGCCGUGAAGGGCAGGAUCGAUAUUUUUAGAACCGAACAAUUCGUUACUGGUAUGCCCGGUAUAAUUCUAGCACGUUUCAACCAUUUUUGCCGUUACGAUUCCCGCUUCCCAUAGCGUAGAAGAGGAGACAGCCAAGACAAAGCCAUGUUAUAGAGAAUGUUAAACGAAGCUACCCUUUUUGCUUGGAAUUGUUCCCCCAAACUCGUAGUUAACUCUUCCAAUCAUCGUUAAGUAUAAACAUUUACGGAAAUGGUUGAAAUAUAAUUAUUUCACCGAACGAUUCCUCCACAUGCACACCCACACACAGAAAACACACGCACCAGUGAUAUUUCGGGGGAGAAGCAAAAAAAAGCGAGUGAAAAACGCUUAAAACGUUUCCGCGCAUCUAUAAUGUUCCGAACGUUCGUACUUUAUUUGUUGUGCUUGCUUAGAUUAUUUUAUACGAUCCAGAGCAGUGUUUUUAUUUUAUUACAAUUAUCAGACAGUUCCGGUAUUGUUCGAUAGGCUUUGAUUUGUACAUAAUUUGCAUUUAAGUUGUUUUUAAAAAAAGUAUGUAAAUUUAUGAUUUGCUUUAGCUUCCUAUCCUGGCAACAAAAACACCACCCGUAACACUCGUUAGGCGGGCCGAAACUAACGAAUCUAAUUGUUAGGCCGAAUAAAAAAAAAGACGAAUAAAAUAGUUUAAAACAAAA